AUGGCCCAUACCGACCACCACUGCCCCGGUCGCAAGGGCAAGAAUGGUUGCCGCCGCAUUAAGCUUGGCAAGCUGUCCUUUUGCCGCGUGCACCAGAUUGCGUGCCUUGUGCACAUGUUCUACCACAUGCGUUGGGAGCCGUGCGCCAAGUGCCGGGGCAACAACAGAGUGAAAGCCACGGCGGACGAGCCUGUCAAAGCGGUCAAGACGACCAAGAAGCGGCAGUGGUCGUUCUGGAAGGGCGGCAAGAAAGGUGGAAAGAAGAACUGA